AUGAAUCUCUGUCAACUACCUAGUGACAGUGGUUCUUGUCGGAACUUCACCAUCAGGUGGUUUUAUGAUAGCAAAAAACAAGACUGUGCCAGAUUCUGGUAUGGAGGUUGUCACGGCAAUGAAAAUCGAUUUGAUGACAGUGAAACGUGCAAGAGACGGUGCUUCAAGGAACCUUCAUGUGGGCAACCAAAAGAUGCAGGGACUUGUAACAAUUACACCUUACACUGGCAUUUUGAAGUAGGCUCUGCUUCUUGCCGUCAGUUCUGGUAUGGAGGCUGUGGAGGCAACAAAAACAGGUUUACUUCCCUGGAGGCAUGCCAAGCUGAGUGUAUGCAA